AUGCCCACCGAACUCAGCUCGCCGCCAACCCUGUUCAUCUCGCGGCCGGUCCAUAGGACCCUCACCAAGCGAGUCGUCAAGCUCAUCUGCUCCGCCUUCCUAUCCCUCCUCCUCGCCGCCUGCGUCCUCCUCUUCGUGCUCUGGCUCGCCCUCCGCCCCCACCGCCCCCGCUUCCACGUAUCCUCAUUCUCCGUCACCGGCCUCUCCGCCAACGGCUCGGCCCCUCUCACCUUCUCCUUCGAGGUCGCGGUCCGGAACCCCAACCAGGAGAUCGCCGUCUCCUACGACUCAGUCUUCGUCUCGGUCUACUACCGGGACGACCGGGUCGGGGCCGCGGCAGCCCCGGCGGCGGGACCGUUCUUCCAGCCGCCGAAGAACACGACGGUGAUAAGCGGGAAGGCGGCGGGGGUGGCGCCGGCUGCGGCAGCGGGGACGGUCGCGCGGGAGGCGAGGGCGGGCUCGGUGGUGUUCCGACUGCAGCUGGCGUCGGUGGUGCGGUUCAGGAUGUCGACGUGGGACACGCACCGGCACCACCUCCACGUUAGCUGCGACGUGGAGGUGGGGCCCGACGGGCUCAUCACGGUGGGCUCCAAGGACAAGCGCUGUUACAUCUAUUUCUUGUAG